ACCAAAAAAAAAAGAAAUAGCUAUUAAUUUGUCGCACUUCCUCAUACGUUUUCUUUGACAUUAUUCCUAAAUUAAAAUUGCUACCAAACUGAGUUUAAAUGUUUGCAAUGGAUCAAUUGUAUAUAGAAAUAGAGAUAAAGACACGUAAUGAUAAUACGGAAAUCUACAGCAAUGUCCAGUCUUUUAUAGCUUUAUACAUGUACCGAUACUUGCAUUCACCCUCAAACAUCAAAUUGAAUUUUGUGCGAACCACCAUCCAGGGGGGCAAAUUGCGAUUACGUUCAGAAUCUUUAAGACGGGAGUUAACUGAAGAAAAAAUACAUCGAAAAGAAGCGACAAGUGUUGAAGCUAUCAGAGAUCUUAAACUGCCAAUUUAUGCAAAAGAGGGAAAUACUUAUAUAGCAGGCAUGUGUGCGGUUUGUAGAGAGCUCGUUGAACGACAGGAAUGCCCAGAGCGGCGUAAAUUACUGGGUUUCAAAGGCGCUUGCUUGUUAGCACCGGCGGAGGCGUCCAUUUGGACACGCUUCUGCGAAGUGGAUAUGGUGGACGCAAUCAGUUGCCUGUUGUGCACACUGGAUUCUGGUAAAAUAGUAGAGGAAAUGCCAAAGGUAGUGCCACGUUUCGAACGACACAUGAACGAGCCAGUGCGCAUGCAUAACAUUUACAAAACUGCGCGAGAGCAGGUGCAGCAGCAAAACAAAUGUGAUGGACUGAAGAAGAAGGGAAAGAUUAUAUUGGAUUGCAGCGUACCCAAAGAGCUAUUGCCCAUUGAACAUCGUUUUGCAGAGGGCAUUACUUUCACUAUAGCCGAUAUAAUUUUAUACACUUUUAUGCGUUUGAUAUUUCGUCACUGCGAGUACAUGCUGGUGCAUUUCCCGCUGAUCAAUACGUGGCUAAGUGAGAUUGACGCUUUUGAGCAGAGCUGUGGUCAAAUAUUAAAUGAAUUGUAUUUUCAUGAAUCAGCUAAUCAAUCGACGUCUUUACUUAAAAUACCGGACUGCGAAGCUGCCAGCCUUUACAAAAGCGAUCCGAAACGCUACAAGCCACGCAAUCGCAUAUUUACCGAACAAAGUGAAGUCGAUGCGGCUUUAAACAAAUUAGAACGGCUAAAGCUCCAAUUCAGUAGUGAUACCGCAAAUACCUAUGACAAGAAUCAUAUUGAUUGGGAUGUUAUUGAACCAGAACAUGAGAAGAGUUCAGCGUUACCACGCGAACGUAUUAUUCGCAAACGCCAACAACUACAAAAUGUUGCCAAUGCGGUGAUCUCUUUAGCAAAGCCAGGUGAAAGAAUUGUUGAUUUUUGCAGCGGCACAGGUCAUUUGGGCAUAUUGUUGGCAUUGGAAUUACCUAAAUGUGUUAUAAUAUUAAUGGAAAAUAAAGCUAUUUCAUUGGAGCGUGCGAAGCAACGUGCCACGGAACUGGGCCUGAAAAACUGCAGGUUUUAUCAGUGCAAUAUUGAUUACUUCGAAGGAUACUUUGAUGUUGGCACAUCAUUGCAUGCGUGCGGCACAGCAACUGACAUAGUGCUGCAGCAGUGUCAUCGAUCGCGCGCAAAGUUUGUUUGUUGUCCUUGCUGUUAUGGAUCGCUGCAGCCCAUGCCACAUAUACCCUAUCCAUUAAGCCAGCGUUUUCGUACAGUGUUGUCUGAAAAAGAUUAUUUGUACAUAGCACACACUGCGGAUCAAGCACAUGAGUUGGGAACCUUGAACUGUCGCCCAGAAACCACACGCCAAGGACAAUUAUGUAUGGAUAUCGUUGAUACUGAUCGCAAAUUGCAAGCAGAAGAAGUGGGUUAUGAUGUCAUCCUGACACGGCUAAAGCCAGAACAGUGCACGCCUAAAAAUCGUUUGUUAGUGGGUUGUAUUGCAAUUGCCAGCUGACGCAGAUUUGCAGUGAAUAUACGUCUACAUUACUUUACUAAAGACCAGAAUAAUUAAAAUUUUUUUAAAUAAGUAAAUUGAAAAUUUUAAUAGAAAAUCGUUUUUUCUUUUAUUUCUUCAAACGCGUACAAACAUCAUUUCACUGAGAUUGUAUCUAUCAAAAUUAGAUUUUUGUGGCGCAUACACUCAAUAAACGAUGUUUUUAACUUCACAACA